CCACCUACCAUCAACUCGUCCCCAUGCUUCCCAGGUUGGUACAUGUGUUCCUCUUCCUGAUCCCGUACAAUGUAGCAUCCGCGCUCCAGCAGGGAGUAUAUUGUUACCUUGGUUGCGAGCUCUCACUCGGCUCAGUCGACUUCAACGACACAGCCCGAACCUUGCCGAAGAAGGUAAGGGACUGUACGAGCUUGCGACAUGUCACGAGUCUGUAUCUUUGCGCGGAUGCCUACUGCGGACCGUCGGGAAGAGAGACCUGGUUAAAAGAGCAGGGGGACCUUUGUGCGAAUUUCAAUCAAACUUUGCCCGGGUGGGACGUGAUUGAUCAUUAUGGCGAUGACGACAAGAAGCGGAUAAGGCGACUUACAGCGGAAGAGGGCAUAUGGUCAGCAAACACUGUGCUCGAUGAGGUCGUUAUUCCAGAAGAAUCCUUCUUUUUACGCUGUUUCAGAACAUGGGAUACGGCCAUGUACGAAAACCGUUUGCAUUGGUUGUAUGGAUUCUGCAUGUACUACUUCUGGCUUGUGGUCGUGGUUAUUGGAUUAUCGACACGUUUGAUCCACCUCAUUCAGCACCUUCGAACUCAAGAGUGGCAACCUAUCUCAAGUGGUGAAGAUGACGUAGAACGCCAUUCCCCAGCCAGGCAUCAUGCUUUGCUCAGCUCGCCAUACACUCUACUCAAGAGGUACAUCCUUGUACCAGCAACAUUUGGCUAUCGCUGCUCCCAAAACGUUGGAUGGUGCACCGUUCCACCCAGGAUUCAAAGUUGUACAAUAUUCGCAUUCGUCUUGUUGAACACCAUUCUGUGCGUCGUUAACUAUCAGGCGUUCACUGGCAACAUGUUUUGGCCGCGCCUAUCCGCACAAUACUUUCGCUAUAUUUCCGAUCGCACGGGCAUCAUAUCUCUCGCUAAUUUCCCUCUCAUAUGGCUUUUCGGUACUAGGAAUAACGUCCUACUAUGGGUUACCGGUUGGGGGUUCGGCACAUAUAACAACUUCCAUCGUUGGGUCGCCAGAAUAUCAACCGUGCAAGCAGUCGUACACUCUCUUGGGUAUACGAAGAUUAUCUGGACUAACGGAGGUUGGCCAUACUUCGAAAAAUAUCUGUACAAGCAUUAUUUUUGGAAUGGCGAGUUGGCGACCAUUUUCAUGGUUGCUAUUUGCGUGUUCUCCGUCUAUGGUCUGCGUCGCAGCCACUAUGAGAUAUUUUUAAUCAUUCACAUUGCCGCCUCUGUGGCUGUUAUUUGGACGAUGUACUAUCACGUCUACAUCUUCAAGGGCGAGUACGACUGGUUCAUUUGGCCCUGUGUAAUCGUGUGGGUAUUAGACCGAGUCAUUCGCAUGGCACGCAUCCUGUCGUUCGACUCUCACUUCUGGAACACCAAAUGCAUAGCAAGUUACGAUUUUGAUUCUAAUCUAAUCCGGCUGGAUAUCCCCUUCGGCCAUUCCCGAGCACUCUCGAAUCCCCAACCAGGCACAUACUACUACAUCUACGUUUUGAGUAACCCACUUUACAUGCACCAAAGCCACCCAUUUACUCUUGGAUAUGUGAGACACCCAGAGGACAAAAGCGAAAUGGAACGACCAAGCAGACUUCAAACUCGUCGAGCCUCUGUUCAUCGUUCCGAAUCCGAAUCAUCAACCGAGUCUGAUGCUCUACUGGCAUCGGAUGCGACCUCGGAUCAGGCAAAUCCAUCGCUAGUCUUCCUCGUCCGCCCAUACGACGGUUUCACCGCUCGACUGAAGAAGUCUGCCAGUUCUGGCCCGACUGAAUUACGAGUACUAGUCGAGGGACCUUACGGCGAAACCAACCCUCUGAGCAAAUUUUCUUCCGUACUCUUUGUUGUCGGCGGAACGGGUAUAGCGGUUCCUCUAUCCUACCUCGCCGCUCUCCUCGACUCUACCUCAAAAUCAACUCGCAUACACAUUCUCUGGGCAGUACGAGAACACCGCUUCUUGACCGACGUCCUCAAACGCGACUUCCGACAGAUCAUACAAGAUCGAGAUGCUGAGGACAAAGUCACAUUAACCGUCCACGUCACGCAGGAGGACACAGACGAAGGCAAGGACGACGAUCUCGGCGAAGGAUUGAAGCGCUGCGUGUUGAAAGCAGGUCGACCAGACGUAUAUGCCGCUGUUGAAGAAGAGGCCCAACUAGAAGAGACCAAUCAUGGAGGGUUGGCUGUGGUGGCAUGCGGGCCCGCGCAGAUGGCGGACGACGCGCGGAGAGCCACUAUCCAGGCUUUGGAGAGGGGCCACAGAGGUAUUGAGUAUUUUGAAGAAAGUUUUAAGUGGUAGAUCGAACUUCGGUUCGUGUUGGCAUAUGUAGACUUUAGAUUGCUUGUCGCGACGCAUUGCAUAACAUCGGUAGCAUUUGAGCGGAGCGUUUUGAGUAUUGUUUAUUCCUAUCAUACAUACCAUAUUGAAAGGAUGUAGAAUUUGAUCUGCGCAAAAUAUAUAUAGAAGAAUAUAUUGCAUCG